UGGCGACGGCGGCAGUGCGGGGCUGCGCGGGGUGCCCGUCCCAAUGGCGGCGCUGAAGUACGCGGGGCUGGAGGACACGGACAGCGAGGAGGAGCUGCCACCGGGCUGGGAGGAGCGCACCACCAAGGACGGCUGGGUUUACUACGCGAACCACCUGGAAGAAAAAACACAGUGGGAACACCCUAAGUCGGGGAAGAGGAAACGUGUUGCAGGAGGUCUGCCAUACGGAUGGGAGCAGGAGACUGAUGAAAAUGGACAAGUCUAUUUUGUAGACCACAUAAACAAAAGGACUACCUACCUUGACCCAAGACUGGCCUUUACAGUUGAAGAUAAUCCAGUAAAACCUACUACUAGACAAAAAUACGAUGGAAACAGUACUGCAAUGGAAAUACUCCAGGGUCGUGACUUGAGCGGAAAAGUGGUUAUAAUCACGGGAGCAAAUUCAGGAAUAGGUUUUGAAACUGCAAAGUCUCUCGCACUGCAUGGGGCAUACGUUAUCCUGGCCUGCAGAAAUACGUCAAGAGGUAAUGAUGCUGUACAACGCAUUCUUGCGGAAUGGCAUAAAGCCAAGGUAGAAGCAAUGACCUUAGACCUUGCUUCUCUUCAGAGUGUGCAGCACUUUGCUGAAGCAUUCAAAUCCAAGAAUGUGCCUCUUCACAUCCUUAUCUGCAAUGCUGCCGUGUUUGGUGCUCCCUGGUGCUUGACGGAAGAUGACCUGGAGUCCACUUUCCAGGUGAACCACUUGGGACAUUUCUAUCUCGUCCAGCUUCUGGAAGACAUUUUACGUCGGUCUUCUCCUGCUAGGGUGGUGAUGGUGUCCUCCGAGUCACACAGAUUUACAGAAAUUAAAGACUCCUCUGGAAAACUUGAUUUCAAUCUGCUUUCCCCAUCUAAGAAGGAGUAUUGGGCUAUGUUGGCCUACAAUCGUUCCAAGCUUUGCAAUAUACUGUUCUCCAAUGAACUGAACCGACGCCUUUCUCCUCAUGGGGUGACGUCUAAUUCAGUCCAUCCUGGAAAUAUGAUUUACUCCUCCAUUCAUCGUAACUGGUGGGUGUAUACCCUGCUGUUUACCUUGGCUCGACCUUUCACCAAAUCCAUGACAGCCGGCGUGUCCCUCCCUGCUGGAGCUAGUUCUGUCUUGGUCACACUUGUGGUCUACAUGAAAAGUCUCUUUCUGCUACUAACACCAAGAACCCGUCUUUGUGGUUUGUGCAACAAGGAGCUGCCACAACUGUCUACUGCGCCACGGCUGGGGAGCUGGAGGGCCUGGGAGGGAUGUACUUCAACAACUGCUGCCACUGCCUGCCAUCGCAGGAGGCGCAGGGCGAAGCGACGGCCGCAGCCCUGUGGGAGCUGAGCGAGAGGCUGAUCCAAGAACGAAUUGGCAGGCAGUCCAAAUAACAGGGAGCUCCUGGAAGGAUCAAAACACACCGAGUGUGUGCGCGCUCAAAAACUGCCAACACUGGAACCUGUCCAAUCUUAUCAUCUAGAGGGUUUCCAUAUACCUCAGAUACAGAUUAACCAGUGUUAAAUGAAAUAAUAGCAGUCACAACAUAGUGAAAAAUGUUAAGUACUAAUGGGAAAUGGGGAAUACCGUGGGUUAAAGGGACAAUGCGGCUUCCUGGGGCUUAGUUAGUCUUGGUUCUCUUUCUUUUGAUUAUAGCCUGUUCAAAGUGUAACCCAAGGAGGCAUCUUUUGUCUUAUUUUAGAAAAGCAGCGCUGCAGAUAUUUUCUGUUGUUUUGAUUAAUGGGUAGGUAUGUAGCCCAAUAUGGGAUUUCCUCUUUAUUUUGAUAAUUACUGUCUGUUAGGCUUUAGGUAUCGAUCGGGAGAUGGUAGUUGUGUUGAUUCUUUUUCCCUACAAGGAUUUUAUUGGGUGUGGCAAAUCAAAAGAUUAUUAAGGAAAGAAAUCUUUCCUGCCCUUGACUGCUGGCUGCAAAUACAUCUGCACUGUCUAGAAAAAGAAGGUACAAUAAGACAUCUGAACAGAAAUGGUAAAGUCACAGCUAAUUAAAUAUUUCUGGUUUCUCUCUUAAAAGAUUGUAAUAAAAGAUAUGUUGUAAACCAUUCCCUAAAUACCGUCGAGUUAGCAAAGAUGAUGUUGUCUCCUUAAGAACACACAGGGUGUAAUCAGGGGUUUAAAUGGUAUUUCCAUCCAUUUCUGAGUUCACAGUUUUAAGUAGUUUUUUUUUUCUUUGAAAGUUCACAGUUUCUCAGUUCUCCUGAUACUGUAUCCCAUUCCAAAUCUCUUUUUUUUCUUUCAAUUUAAAUUCAAUAAAACAACAUGCUUGCUUGAA